UAAACUAGCUAAUGUGCAGAUGCUUGUGAAAAUCCAUGAUCCACGGUUGAAUAUGUGGAGUUUUGUACGACCGUUUAGUUGGAAUCUUUGGUUGUCUAUCGCUAUGUUCUCUGCUUUUAUAGGAGCUAUCAUACUAUUCAUGGAACGUAAUGUCAGAAAAGAUUCAACACUUGAAAAUUCAUCAUGGAGGAAACGAUGCAUUACAGGGGGUUCUGUCCUGUGGCUUCCUGCUGUGCAAGCAGUUUUUCCAAAAAGAGAAUCAUUGACCAAAACUUCUUCUAGGUUUGUGCUGAUGAUGUGGUUGAUACUGGUAUUUGUGCUCAUGCAAAGCUACACAGCAUGCUUAUCAUCGAUCUUAAUAGUGCAUGAGUUACAACCUCAGUACCUUAGUGAGAACGAUGUUAUAAAGGAUAGCAACAUUAAUGUUGGAUACAAAAGUGGCUCAUUUGUGGGAGACUUGUUGGUCAAUAAAUUGACAAUGGGUGAUGAGUCAAGGGUGAAGAAUUACUAUGGCAUUGAAGAAUAUAAGGAGGCUUUAGACAAAGGAAGCCAUAAUGAUGGAGUCGAUGCUAUUUUUGAUGAGUCUCCCUACUUUAAGACCUUCCUCCACCGGUAUGGCUCCAAGAAUUAUGCCGUGGUUGGAACUAGUCUCCAUUAUGGUGGAUUUGGUUUUGCAUUUCGUAAGGGCUCCAACUUAACCGCAUACUUUUCUGAAGCCAUAUUAAAUAUCACCGAGAGUAAUGUAAUAAUGAAAAGGAUUGAGGAGACAUAUUUUGGAGACAGCGAUGAUGAUGAUGGAAAAGAAGACCUAUAUAAUUCACCAUCACAUGACGUUAGUCCCAGUCUUACUGCUUACAGCUUUGCAGGUUUGUUCGUGGUGAUUGGGAUUCUUUCACUGUUGGCUUUGCUAGUCUCUGAAAUGCUCGCAAAGGUUGAUAGCCAACGAUUACUGAGUCCGAGUUCUGCAAGAUUAAGUCCAUUAGAGGAAGGUUCUGAAACAAGAAAUAAUGUUGACGAAGAAUGUUCUGCAGACACACAAAAUAUCGGAUCAGAAAAUGGAGGAGAUAAUAAAACAUUGCCCGUGUAAAUGUGUGCGCGUGC